CCACCAUGUUUGACCAGUUAAUGGUUCGCUAUGGACAUCGCCAUCUUCUUCGACCAUAACGGUAUGUACCCUCAAUAACUCUGCGACGGACACCAAGAGCCCGGAUCGAUACCACCAUGUCCCCCUCCUCAUCCUCACAACCUACGACCUUCCCUCCCGUUGCCGUCUCCUCUACCCUACCGCAACAGAGUCUCCGCUUGCUCGAGCUGCCACCCGAACUGCUAGAUGUGGUCGAGACACAGAUGAAAAAUCCGAGCAAGAGACGGAAACUGUGGUUCAAGUCUUCUGUGGACACUGCCGGUCCGAGCAAGGGACAACGGCUACUGAAGGGAUUCGGCAGAGGCGCCAGUUCUCCCGUUACCGCCGCGGAAGAAGGGAAGGAAGGGCUUCUCCACCUCUGCGCCGACGACAAGAUCUGGGCUGUCAAGCAGGUCAGCACGAGUAACAGUGUUUAUGUUACUCAGACGUGUCAACAACCUUACGCACCACAGAAACAUGCCGGCGGCCAGGGGACCGGCGGCAAAGAUGGGGACAUGCCUAUGGCCGGUGCAGAAGGGCACGUCGGUGUGGAUGGGCUAGCUGCGGCUGCUGGCAGCAGAGGCGGUAUCACGACGAAAGCCCAGGUGAAAAAUGUUCUCGAGUUAAUCGAGGUGAAAUCGGACGAACGAGAUAUUGAGAGGAAGAUUCAUGAUAUGGUCGCUGUAUAUCAGGACAUGGAGGAUGAUUUUGGUCCUCUUGACCCAGGCCGUCCAGGUACUGGGAUCGAGUCAAGUGGAAACGAAGCAGUGUCAUCAAGGGACAUACUCGACAACAUUUCGGCACCGACGAGGCUGAUCCAGGACGUGAUGAGGAAGUCGUUGAUCUUUGGCCUGCCCCAGACGACAAUGCGACAGAGCGAGAGGCAUGAAGAAAUGGCAUACUUGCCCACUCCAUCGUUGCUACUACGGCAUUGGAAGGAAUUUUUGCAGCAAUGCACCAUCUCAAGUGUCAACUUCGAGAAGAAUGCCAACGUUCUGCCCGGAAAAACGGUCCGCGGCGUGCUCGAUGGACUGCUCGAAGCUGAGGAGACGGACGAGGGACGCUCCUUGGCUCUGAAUGUCACAACGGCCAUCUUGCGCAGAUUUACAGAUGAGGAUGAAGAGGGACGUGACCCCAGACACGGCGAUCUCCCCACGCUGCUCGAUCCAGACCUGAGCAUCGGCUCGAUGGAUGAGGAACAACUGCUCAAUGUCAAACUGAAAUUCAACCCCAGCCUCAGCCGAGAUAUGAUCGGACGCUGGCUCCUGUUGUCCCAUGCGCGAAGACGAUCGUCGCCCUCAGCGUCUUCGGACUCAGAUCGAGAGAGACUACGCGUGGACAAAUUCAUGACCGAGUGGACCCAGCUGCUUCCAGAUCCAUGGGCAGUCGGAUGCGACGUCUCCAGUCUGCUCUCGUCCGUCGAGGGCGUGGAGGUGGCCAAGGACGACGAAGGGGAGGAGGUCCUGAGAUUCGCAUCGGCGAGGGGAAGCCAUGCGUCCGGGCCGUCGGGCACUUCCCAUCCUUCUCCUCCUUCCGGCCGCGCAAAGGACGCGCAACAAAGCAGCCAGAACCAGAAAAAGCGGAAGUGGCACGAGAAAUUCGGCGCGCAGAGGACGGCUCCGGCCGCGAAGAAGUGAUGGGGAAACCCCGUUUUCGGCUCUGAUCCGAUGGUCAACGAUGCAAGAAGACAAGCGGUGGACAAUGGGCCAGGAUGGUGAUGAGAUACAUCCGGUCGAUACCUCGAGAUGACACUCAGGGUCACAGUAUGGCAGAGUAUCAAGGUACCAUCUCGCCCUUGGGUAUCAGACUCACGAUUUCACGAUCUCACGAUCUCACGAUCUCACCGCACACACAUUGAACAGAGAUACUCGAGAAAGGCUGCACAAAAAGCUACUUGAUUCAUGUAGGUAGGGAGUAGUAUACUGGAGCGGAAGGGUGUAUAAAAAAAGUUCACUGCGGUAUUGCCUAUCUGCCUUUAUAAACUGCUUUCCCCACAAGUCAUUAAAUUCAAUUGGUGCUUCCAGAUCAAUUGAGCUAUCGUUGGUCCCACACACAAAACUCCAGCAGUACACGAGUGAGUGAGUGUACCCGGCAAGGGGCCGUAAGGUCUGUGGAAAAGAGUGGUUUUCUCGCCCAAGGAACUGCCGACGACGAGG